AUGUCUAACUUGGAAGCUGAUGUUGCCGGAAUCCGUGGCUACGAGCUCCGCCUCAUCCGCUGCACACUCUCUCCUUCUCCGGCGACACCAUUAAAUCCCGUAUCUCAAAACGAAUCCACAGAUGACCUCGUCAACAAGCUCCUCGCCUCAAUCGAGUCUGGCAAUUAUGCUGAAGCACUCACUUCCCAAUCCUGCAGACUUAUCUUUCAACUCAGCCCUAAUUCGCCGCCACCGAUUUCCGCCGACACUUUCUACUCCGAGUUGGUGGACCGCGCCGAGUCUUUUAUAACUGAUGCCUCAGUUAGCUCCGGCGAACAGGCUCGUAGAUCCACUCUCGUGCUGUGUAUCGCCGUUGCUGCGUUUCUAGGGUUCACUCAGUGUAAUUUCACAGGGCCUUUGAAGGAGAAAGUGCUCCCGAGAUUCCCUCUGCCUAUGGUUGAAUUUGAAUGUGCAGAAUGGGACAUUUGGGCGCGUAAUUAUCUUAUGUCUGAUGGUUCUGAUUUGCUUGGGAAGUUCUCAAAUCUUCAGUAUAUAGUUUUUGCUAAGAUGUUGCUUAUGAGGAUGAAAGAUUUAUCCGUUGAUAUUAGAAGCCUUACUUGGUGGCUUGGAAGGGUUUUGCUUCUUGAACAAAGAAUUUUGGAUGAGCGGUCUUCUACCCUUUUUGAUCUCUUGCAUGCUUAUAUGGGCGAAGCCUUACAACAAUUUGGCACUUCAGAACAAGUUCAGAGUUAUUGGGAAGUUGGUUUGCUUGACGGAGAGAGCUCGGCAAUUGUCUCCUUGCUUCAUUUAGAAGCUGGAAUUAUGGAAUAUGUAUAUGGACGAGUUGACCCUUGUAGGACACGUUUUGAGUCAGCUGAGAUGGCAGCUGGGCUUCAGCUAUCAGUGACUGGGGCACUUGGUUUCCGUACCGUACAUCAGGUUGAACCAAAGGCACAGAUGGUACUUGUUGCAUGCUCAAAUUCGUCAAACAGUGAGGACAACCACUCCUUAACAGGAACUGGCAUCCAAACAUGUGAUGGCAGCAAUGGUGGAAAUAAUUUACGCCAGCAUCAAGCCUCUGAAGCAUCUGACAUACUUGUAAUACCAAAGCUGUUAGAAAACACAGAUGACUCUAAGACUAGGUCACAAGGCAUGGAAAAUGGCGCUACUGCCACUUCCAACUUGACAGCAACACAGCAGGCUGUAGUUCUAGCACAUUGCCUUCUAAUUGAGAAGAGUUCCCGACACGAUGAAUUGCAACGAUGGGAUAUGGCUCCUUACAUUGAGGCAAUUGAUUCCCAGCAGUUCUCUUACUUCAUUAUACGAUGCUUCUGCGAUAUCUUGCGUAUUAGAUGGGAGUCAUUACGUAGUCGAACGAAGGAGCGUGCAUUAAUGAUGAUGGAUAACUUAGUGAAGCAUAUAUAUGAAUCUUCUCCAGAAAUUCCAGAAAGAAUUCCUUUUAGUUAUGGUGUUUAUAUGGCUAGUAUUCCUGCUUUGAGAAAGGAAUAUGGUGAACUUUUGGUACGUUGUGGCUUGAUAGGGGAGGCAAUAAAGGAGUUUGAUGAUUUAGAAUUAUGGGACAAUCUUAUACACUGCUACAGUCUCUUGGAGAAGAAAGCAUUAGCUGUUGAUCUCAUAAAGAAACGUCUUUUAGAAAGGCCAAAUGACCCCAGGUUAUGGUGCUCGUUGGGCGACAUAACCAUUGACGAUGCUUGCUAUAAAAAAGCUCUGGAAGUUUCAAACAAUAGGUCUGCUAGAGCUAAGCGCUCUCUGGCCCGCAGUGCAUACAAUAGAGGAGACUACGAGACGUCUAAAAUUUUAUGGGAGUCUGCAAUGUCAAUGAACUCUAUGUAUCCAGAUGGUUGGUUUGCAUUUGGGGCUGCCGCAUUGAAGGCACGGGAUGUUGACAAGGCUCUAGAUGCAUUUACUCGUGCUGUUCAGCUCGAUCCUGAAAAUGGAGAAGCUUGGAAUAACAUAGCUUGCUUACAUUUGAUCAAAAAAAAGAGCAAGGAGGCCUUUAUUGCAUUUAAAGAAGCACUGAAGUUCAAACGAAACAGCUGGCAACUCUGGGAGAAUUACAGCCAUGUUGCUGUUGACGUUGGUAAUAUUAGUCAGGCACUGGAAGGCGCUCAGAUGGUUUUAAACAUGACUAAAAAUAAAAGAGUAGAUACAGUUUUAUUGGAACGAAUUACAAAUGAGGUGGAAAAGCGGCUUUCUACAAGUAAUCUUGUACCUCCUGUGACAACUGAUAAUGAGGCUAACCCAGAUCAAUUCUGUACGGUUGAUUCUGGAUCAGAACCUCAAGAGCAAGUAUCUGGACUACACGUUGCAGGAAGGACGCGUGAAAAUGAACAAUUAAUAUCAUUGCUUGGUAACGUUUUACAGCAGAUAGUUAAAAAUGGGAGUGGAUAUGGACCUGAAAUCUGGGGCUUAUAUUCUAAAUGGCACAGAAUUAAGGGAGAUCUCACGAUGUGUUCUGAAGCCCUCUUAAAGCAAGUUCGAUCACUCCAGGGUUCUGAUACUUGGAAUGACCGAGAUCGCUUCCAAAAGUAUGCAAAAGCAUCUUUGGAACUUUGCAAGGUGUACAUGGAAAUAUCCGCAUCGACCGGAAGUAUGAAAGAAUUGUUUACAGCUGAGAUGCACUUAAAGAACAUCUGCAGACAGGGUCAGAGCUUCUCCAACACAGAAGAAUUCAAGAAUAUUCAGGGUUGCCUUGAUGAAGUGAAAAUUAAACUCCAAUCCAAUGCCUAG